UACAAAUACAUCCUCCCCUGUUUUCAUUACCAUCAGAAUCAAAAGUUUUUUUUUAUUUCUUUCUUAGUAGAUUUCACGACAGAUAAAAUUUACUCUCUUCUGAGAUCCAACAUACCAUAACAAUGUCCAGUUCUGAAGGUGUUGUUCAUGUUGCUUUCCUCCCAAGUGCUGGAAUGGGUCACCUCAACCCAUUUCUCAGAUUAGCAGCAACCUUCAUCCGCUACGGUUGCAAAGUAACACUCAUCACUCCAAAACCCACUGUCUCUCUCGCUGAGUCAAACCUCAUCUCUCGCUUCUGUUCUUCAUUCCCCCACCAAGUAACCCAACUUGACUUAAACCUCGUUUCUGUGGAUCCAACCACAGUUGACACCAUAGACCCUUUUUUCCUUCAGUUCGAAACCAUUCGUCGUUCUCUUCACCUUCUACCUCCAAUCCUCUCUUUACUCUCAACACCUCUCUCUGCUUUCAUCUACGACAUCACCUUAAUCACCCCUCUUCUUUCCGUUAUUGAAAAACUCUCUUGUCCCUCUUACCUUUACUUCACCUCAUCAGCUAGAAUGUUUUCUUUCUUUGCACGCGUUUCUGUUCUUUCAGCUUCAAAUCCUGGUCAAACCCCUUCCUCGUUCAUCGGUGAUGAUGGUGUUAAAAUCCCUGGCUUCACAUCACCAAUUCCAAGAUCCUCGGUCCCUCCUGCGAUCCUUCAAGCUAGCAGCAAUCUCUUUCAGAGAAUCAUGUUGGAGGACAGUGCCAAUGUCACCAAGCUCAAUAAUGGGGUUUUCAUCAACUCGUUUGAGGAGCUAGAAGGAGAGGCACUAGCAGCACUCAAUGGAGGGAAAGUGCUUGAAGGGUUGCCACCAGUGUAUGGUGUUGGACCCUUAAUGGCGUGUGAGUAUGAGAAGGGAGAUGAAGAAGGUCAAAAGGGUUGCAUGAGUUCAAUAGUGAAGUGGCUUGAUGAACAAAGUAAAGGGUCGGUGGUGUAUGUGAGUUUGGGGAACAGGACUGAGACGAGGAGGGAGCAGAUAAAGGACAUGGCUUUGGGGUUGAUAGAAUGUGGGUAUGGUUUUUUGUGGGUGGUGAAGUUGAAGAGGGUUGACAAGGAAGAUGAGGAGGGUUUGGAGGAAGUGUUGGGCUGUGAGUUGUCGAGUAAGGUGAAGGAAAAGGGUGUGGUUGUGAAGGAGUUUGUGGAUCAGGUUGAGAUUCUGGGGCACCCUUCAGUUGGGGGGUUUCUGAGUCAUGGAGGGUGGAAUUCAGUGACAGAAACUGUGUGGAAAGGAGUGCCUUGUCUGUCAUGGCCUCAACAUAGUGAUCAGAAGAUGAGCGCAGAGGUUAUUAGGAUGAGUGGUAUGGGGAUUUGGCCUGAGGAGUGGGGGUGGGGAACACAAGAUGUGGUGAAAGGAGAUGAGAUUGCUAAGAGAAUCAAAGAGAUGAUGAGCAAUGAAUCUCUGAGGGUCAAAGCUGGAGAAUUGAAGGAGGCAGCUUUGAAGGCUGCUGGUGUUGGUGGGAGCUGUGAGGUUACUAUUAAGAGACAAAUUGAGGAGUGGAAGAGGAAUGCUCAAGCCAAUUGAAGCUACUCACAAAGGUUAAGUGUGUGUUUGAUUUCUCGUCACGUCAACACAAAGAAGCUAAGAUUUGCAUUUGCUGCUUCUGCGUAUUUCAAUAAUUUUGACAUGAUUUUUAAGGUUAACGCAAGUAUAAAACAUAGGAACAAACGGGUAUUCAAUAAAAGUAGUUUUUGGUUCUAUUGUCUGGGGUUAUAUUUCUAAUUUGUUUACAGUUUUGUUGGGUGUUUAAUGCUUUUAUUUUGUUACAAUAAUGUUAUCUUUUCCCCCUCUUUUGUUAGCCUUUUCUUCCCUUCUACCCUUUA